CCCAGUGCGGCAACACAGCUGUUGCUGUCAGAUUAACGUUACGCGUUCAUAUAGGAGCAGAGGCAGAAAAAAAGUGUAUAUUUGUCAACAACUACACAGGAACAGCUGCAAUGGCCUCAGGUGGGGCCCCACUGCCCACAGCCACCCAGUGUGCCACUAAGGUGGAGCUGAGCAUCUCCUGUGAAAACCUAAUGGACAUGGACGUCUUCUCUAAGUCUGACCCUCUGUGUGCUUUGUACAUCAAUACAUCAGGCUCUCAGUGGUAUGAGUUUGGCCGCACGGAGAUGAUCCUGAACUGCCUGAAUCCGAAGUUUGCUAAGAGGUUUGUGAUCGAUUAUUAUUUUGAGACGGUGCAGAGGCUGAAGUUCUGCGUGUAUGAUAUCGACAACGAUACCUACGACCUGAGUGACGAUGAUUUCCUUGGAGAGCUUGAAUGCACCCUCGGACAGGUCGUUUCUAAUAAGCAGAUGACGCGGCCAUUGUUGCUGAAGGACAGGAGGCCGGCAGGCCGUGGGACCAUCACAAUCUGUGCUGAAGAAAUCACAGACACCAGGGUAGCAAACUUUGAAGUGUCUGCCCGCAGGCUGGACAAAAAGUAUCUGUGGUGGUCCGACCCUUUCCUGGAAUUCUACAAGCAGACAGAAACUGGAUGGCAGCUGGCUCACAGGACAGAGGUUGUGUACAACAACCUGAAUCCAAUAUGGAGGCCGUUCCGCAUCUCAUUGCGAACUCUUUGUGGAGGAGAUGUGGAGAAGCCUAUUAAGGUUGACUGUUACGACCAUCACAACAGCGGCUCCCAUGAUCUCAUUGGGAGCUUUAAAACCACACUAGCAGAGAUGCAAACGGGGACGCGCAUCUCCCCGGCUGAAUUCGAAUGUAUUAACCCCAAAAAGUCAAAUAAGAAAAACUAUAAAAACUCCGGGGUCGUUUGCAUCCGGCAGUGCCAGAUUGUGAGGGAAUACACCUUCCUGGAUUAUAUAAUGGGUGGAUGCCAAAUCAACUUCACUAUCGCCAUUGACUUCACGGGCUCUAACGGGGAUCCGAGGUCUCCUCAGUCCCUCCACUACAUCAGCCCAGAGGGCUACAAUGAGUACCUGGCAGCCAUCUGGUCAGUGGGUAAUGUCAUCCAGGACUACGACAGUAAGAAGAUGUUUCCUGUGUUUGGUUUUGGAGCCCAGCUCCCUCCAUCCUGGCAGGUAUCCCAUGAGUUUCCUGUCAAUUUCAAUCCAGUAAAUCCCUUCUGUUCAGGCAUAGAGGGCGUGGUGGAUGCCUACAGACACUGUCUACCUCAGCUGAAGCUCUGGGGUCCCACCAACUUUUCCCCGAUUAUCAACCACGUGGCCUGCUUCGCCAGACAAGCUCUCCAGCAGCGUGUGGCCUCAAAUUACUUUGUGCUGCUCAUCAUCACGGAUGGAGUGAUCACAGACAUGGACCAUACACGUGCCGCUAUCGUGGAGGCCUCUCGUCUGCCCAUGUCUAUCAUCAUAGUAGGCGUUGGCGGGGCAGACUUCAGCGCCAUGGAGUUUCUGGACAGCGAUGACAAACUGCUGCAGGCGCCCAGCGGGGUCGUCGCCUCCAGAGACAUCGUGCAGUUUGUGCCCUUCAGAAAUUUCCAGAGAAACAGCGUGGCCCUGGCGCAGAGCGUGCUGGCAGAGCUUCCCGAUCAAGUCACAUCCUUCUUCAAUGCCUACAAGCUGAAACCACCUAAUCUUUUCAAUGUUCCUGAGCCGUCCUAGUAAAGCAGGUUAAAUGUACUCGAGUAUCUCCAAUGCACUUCCUGUCUGUCUCUUCUUCACCCUCUUUCUACAUUCAGUGCAUAGAGGGGUGUAAAUCAGUGUUGGGCAAACCAUUUGAGAUUUACAGAUUAAUGAUUACUUCACACUGGAACACUGGAAAGCAGCAAACCAACUCUGAGGUGAAAUCUACAAUGGUAAACUGGAACAACUCAGAAAAAGCAGUUAAUGCUAUUUAAAAUCGCACACCAUCAGAAAAAAUACAUUAAUCAAUAAAUAAAUAAUAAUAAUUUAAUAUUUGUAUACAAUGACGAUCAGUUUCAGCUUGCAUGGCUCACAAAUAAAAUCCAGAGCAGGACAUUGUUAUGGCCACGGAAAUGCUUCCUCAGGCUAAAAUUUGGGAUUCUUCUCCAUGAUGUCAUCACUGUGUGGGUGGUUGAGCAACAGUCGCCCUUUGGCAAAAGCUCUAAACAAGUGGUUGCAUGACAGCUGCCUAAGGUGUAGCAUCACAGUGGUCAGGAUGAAAGGAAACAGGAAGUGGCUUUGAACAAGUGUGCAAGCCAAUCUUAUCCUUUUAAUCGCUCAGAAAUCAGUUUCUGUUACAAUUAACAAAGAGCACCCAAAUGGCCUUAAACAGCAAGUUUAAUGUUGUGCAGUUGACUUUUUCACAAUAUUGAUGUAAAUAACUAGUAUUACAGUUUCUCUAACAAGCUGAGUGACUGAAGUGUUUUCCAUGUGAUUUGAGACCCUCCAGCUUGUUCACUGCAUGUAAUUAAUAAGAAAUCAUAAUAAUAGGAAACAAUCACAGUGUACUCCGUGCAUCUUCACACAUGGCUUUGCUGAUUAAAUGCUAUAUUUGUUGCAUAAACGAAUGGCACCUUAUUUGUUGUGUGUUCAUAACAUAAAAGGAAACGGUGGAUAUCUGCUGAGACACAGCUCAGAGUCUACAUUGUUACACUGGAUGUUCCCGGCUAGCAACCUGACUCCUGCUACCUUAAUUAAAGACUUUGACAUGUAACCUUGUUUGCUAACAAGAUUUUAUACGUUGUGUAGAUGUGAAUAUUUAUUGUUGUUUAUAAUGGUUGGAAAUGAUUUUGACUCCCCUGUGUGGCCCACAGUGGUUGCUUCCGACUGUCUUUUCCCAAAUUAAAUAAAGGAACUGCCAGCUGGCGGCAAAAGUGAAUUAGUAACCAUGGUUAUUAA